AUGUCGAAUGAUGAAGUCUUUCGCAUCAGCAACGUCAGCGGCUAUUCGGUGGAAAUCCCGCUGGCCACGGCGAAGGAACUGCUGGGCAUGCUGAACAUGGACCAGGUAUUCCGAGCGGCGCGGGCUGGCGCUGACGACACGGACGAAUCGGACGUGGACGACGGCGACACUGAGCCGGUGAAGGCGGAGGGCAUGGAUUAUGCCAAGGAGGUGCUCGACGUGGUGCGCGCGUACGCGUUGCUUCCCUCCGACGAGCGCACCAGCAACAUCCCUCGCCCCCUCACGCAGGACCUGCGGAGCGUGGUGUACGCGGGCGAGAUGGAGCUGGUCGAGGAGGCGGAGAGGGAGGACUACCUCGUUGAUCUGCUCAACUGCGCGCUGUUCCUGCGCUUCGCACAACUGUCCGCGCUGUGCGCCGCCUACAUGGCUGUCCGCAUCGACGAGAUCGCGAAGGCGGCGCCGGACAUUAUGGAGGGCGCCGAGCGCAUCCGAAAAUUCCUUCACAUGCAGAACGAGUGGACCGAAGAGGAGAUGGGCCACCUGCGGCGUGAGAUGGAGUACGCCAAGUCGGUGGACCCCAACGUGUAUUGA